GAGGGCCCGGGGUCAGUAGGGGGCCCCAUGAGAUGCCCCUGGUACCUUUUUCAUAGGCUUUUUUGAGUUUGGGGAAGGACAUAGGGGCCCCAUGAUCCCCUAUUGCCCGGGGGCCCCAUGAGUUGUCAGUCCGCCCCUGGUUCUACCUAUAUACACUCCUAUCGGCCAAAAAAGAAGCCAAUGCAUUUCAUUAGCAUAUGCACUGCACCAAAUCGCAUGCUACUGCAGUACCAUGCGAUCUGGUGCAGGCAAACACACUGUGUUUGCGAUUAGUGUUUGGGGUACCAUUAACUAUGUGUUGGCAACUGCAGCAGAUUAUAAAGUCUGUGUGCUUUGCAGUGCAGGAA